UGUGAGUCAGCAGGGGGAUGUUUUUGUGCUUUAAAUACAAGCUUCUUCCUGCUUUUAUCACGAGUUUCUCUCCUCUUUCACAAUGAACGGACUGGGACUCAUCCUGCUAGCUGCCCUCACUUCAUGGACUGAGGGGGGCUUUUAUUUUAAACCUGGGCAGCACUGCUAUAAGCCAGCAGCCAGGAGACUCCAGGGGGUUCAGAAUUAUCCACGGCCCCAUGAAUACAUCCCAGUGGAAAGUCUGCCAAAGGCUUGGGAUUGGCGCAACUUGAAUGGCGUCAAUUAUGUCAGCACAACGCGUAACCAGCACAUCCCCCAAUACUGCGGCUCAUGUUGGGCCCACGGGAGCACUAGCGCCAUGGCAGACCGUAUUAAUAUAAAGAGGAAGGGGAUAUGGCCAUCCGCCUACCUGUCUGUACAGAAUGUCAUUGACUGCGGGGAAGCGGGAUCCUGCGAGGGAGGCGACCAUCUUGGAGUCUGGGACUAUGCUCACCAACAUGGAAUACCCGACGAAACCUGCAACAAUUAUCAGGCCAAGGAUCAGGCAUGUGACAAAUUCAAUCAGUGCGGGACCUGUGUCACCUUCGGGCAAUGCUUCUCUCUGACCAAUUACACCCUGUGGAAGGUCGGGGACUAUGGGUCGGUCAGUGGAAGAGAAAAAAUGAUGGCGGAAAUCUACAAAAACGGUCCAAUCAGCUGUGGGAUAAUGGCUACGGAAAAACUGGAUGCUUAUACGGGAGGCUUGUAUGCAGAAUACCAACGCUCACCAAUGGUCAACCACAUUGUCUCGGUGGCUGGAUGGGGAGUAGAUGAGAAUAACGUGGAGUACUGGAUUGUUCGCAACUCUUGGGGAGAACCCUGGGGCGAGGCUGGGUGGCUUCGUAUAGUGACCAGCACAUACAAAGGAGGACAAGGAGCCAACUACAACCUGGCCAUUGAGGAGGACUGUGCAUAUGGAGAUCCCAUUCUUGUAUGACCAUUGAAAGUGAGGGAAACUCACUUUUAGGAUUCCCUUAAAGACUAAACAUUUUGCUGUGAAUUCUAAGCAUUGUGCCCAGAUCACACACUGCAGAAAUACAGUAUAGGCUUCUUUUUUUAAAUUUUUUACAUUUUCUAUGCCAACCUCACCAAAACACAAAAUAAUAAAUCAGCUUUCAGUAAACAGAGCAAAGCGGCAGAAUCAGCUAGAUCAUCCAAUAGAGCUGUAAUGAGCAUAACAGAGAUUGGUACACAACUGGGGAAAUGUCUGCGCUACGGAAUCUGAUGGCGCUACAUAAAUAAUAAACAAAUCUACAUAGAAAGAAUGGGCUAAGCUGGUAGGGAUCGUCUGCAAUGCUCUUUUCCACCCAGAGGGGGCGCCGGGUAUGCUAUCACAGGGACAUGAGGUCACAUGUGUGACAAGGAAACUGGCUGAGAAUGGCGGUUAUAAUGUCAGAUGGAAUUGGAAGGUGGAUCCCUUAGUGCAGAGCAUUAUGACACGUACGCCAGACAAAGGCUAUUCCUGGUUUAAAUACCACAACAAUGGUGGAAAUAUAGGGACGCUGUGCCAUUGCAGAGAGCGUGACGAGAGGUUACAAUAAAUUUUGAUAUACUGAUUCAACCAAA